AUGGAAGGCAACCAAUGAUUACUUAUUUUUACCCUACAAUCUUGUUCAAGGGCAUCUUUGAAGAGGUAUAUCAGGAGAAAUGGAAGGCAAAGUUCGAGGAACAUCACAUGCUACAGUAUAAAAUAAUAUUCUCAGUAGUAUCAUGUAUUGAUGUUCUGAAUGAUAUGGCUGUUGGCAUUAGGUAUGAGCAUCGGUUGAUAGAUGACAUGGUAGCAUAUGCAGUAAAAGGUGACGGUGGCUAUGUAUGGGUCUACAAAAAUUAUGAGGGAGAUGUGCAAAGUGAUUUACUUGCACAAGUUAUCCUCUGAUGGCAAGACUUUAGAAUCUGAAGCGGCUCAUGGAACUGUGACUAGUCACUUUAGACUGCAUCAGAA